AUGAAUCCAAAUGUUCCAACGAGAGCAUUUCGAAUCGCGUUGAAAAACGCGAUAAUGCCGCGUCGAACUGCACCGAUACACGACACAAUGCCGCCUCGAAUGGCACCGAUAAAUGCCGUGAUCGCAUGUCGAAUAGCACCAAUAAGACUCAUAAACGCGUUUCGAACAGCGCUGAAGACGUUGAAAAGUGCCGAUCGAAUGGCAUCGUAA